CAGUUUAGUUUCAAACCAAAUUUCACAGUCGUUGAUAAAUGUCAACAAAGUUAUAGAUUAUCGAGCAUGUAAAAAAGUUAUUUAACAAUUAAGUAAUUUCAAUUCAUAUAUAAAUAACGAAAAUGAGCGUACCUCUACCCCCCGGCGCCGGUCUAGAAAGCAUCGACGGAGAACAAAUUAAGACAUUCAAAGACUUUUUAAUAUCAUAUAAUAAAUUAACUGAACUGUGUUUCACCGAUUGCGUCUCAGAUUUUACUUCAAGGAAUAUUAAGGGAAAAGAAGACAAAUGUGCUCAGAACUGUUUAGAAAAAUUCCUGAAAGUUAACCAAAGAAUUUCUCAACGUUUUCAAGAAUUCCAAAUUUUAGCUAACGAGAAUGCAAUGGCUGCUGCUCAAAAAAUGGGCGCUAGUUAAAAUGCAUAGUCAGUUAUUUUAGUCUACUUGUUGUUAUUUAUAAAUAUAAUAAAUAUUUAGUAAUAA